AUGUGCUUUGCUGAUUGCUUCCCUGACCCUGAUGCCAACUCAUAUCCCAGAUGGCAUGACAAGCACAACAACAUCCAUGCCAUUCUGACCAAGAUGAUGCUCAUCAUCAUGUCUGUGACACUGUGGGCUCAAUGGAUCAAAGGGAUCAAAAAGCAUGCCCCACACUGUAUGGACAUUGACAAACUCAAGGUGCACAAUCACAAGUGGUGGUCCACCUCUGGCAUACUCUCCCCGAUUGCCAGUAUCGGGACCGAAACGACUCCAGUUUCUAACAAAUUCGAGCUUCUGGCUCCCAUCAUCGACAUCUCGCCUCGAGAUGCCACCAAGUCAGGAGGUGGAGGCUACUCCAUGACCAUCGGCAAAACCGCUCCCAUUCUCAAAGACUGUCACAUCGGAGACAGUAUCGCAGUCAACGGCACCUGUCUCACCGUCACCGAAUUUGACACCAACGAAUCCAACCAAGGCGGCUACUUCAAGAUCGGCGUCGCACCUGAAACGCUCAAAAAGACCAACCUCGGCGGACUCAAAGUCGGCGAUGGAGUCAACUGCGAACGUGCAAUGGAUGCACACACACGUUUUGGAGGUCACUUCGUUCAAGGUCACGUCGAUACUACCGCUCUCAUUCGCUCCGUAGUUCCGACAGGAAACGCUUUGACUAUCACUCUGAGACUGCAGCACAAACCAGACCAGCUCCCACUUCCAUCCAGCCUUUCACCAUACCUCAUCCCUAAGGGGUACGUCACACUGGACGGCGCAUCGCUGACGCUGAUCGAAGUGUCGCCAGCAACAGGCGGCUUGUUGCCCUCCAACUCGACAGCAGGUGAUGUAAGGGAAGAUGCACAGACACCGAAGAAGGAAAUCGUCGAGUUCUCAGUGAUGCUCAUCGCACACACGCAGGAGGUUAUCGGGCUUAGCAGGAAGAAACCUGGUGACACGGUCAAUGUGGAGCUGGACAUGGUUGGGAAGUAUGUACACCGUGCAGUUUUGGGCUCCCUGGAGAGGGACGCAGAGGAGUAUGCCGAGGCGGCCAACUCGGUGGAUGCUGGUAGAAACGCUGUUGACAAUGCGGUGGGACCUGCUUCGUCGCAGGCGUUGGAGGGUAUGGUCGAGAGGAUAGUGCGAAAGGUGCUUAGCGAGCAGAAGUAA